GAGCUGCAACAUCCUGGGACUCACCACGGAGCCUGCGACAACAACUACAACCGGCAUCUCCACUACAACAUCGACAAGCGUUGCAAGUACAACCACGUCAAUGGCAACCACUGUAACAACGACCAUGGCAGUGACGACGACAAUGACAACCACCACGGUGACUACGGCUGGGAGCUUCAUUCCGGUGGACGGAGGCGUCGACCGCGUUUGCCGCGGUGACAGCUCCAGCGACAACGAUGACA